AUGGGGGAGAGCAGGAUAAUAUCAAAUAUUUUAUCUAUGGAUUUUGAUCCAUGGGAUGAGUCACUGAUUUCACCUCAGAACCUUGCUAAGUUGUUGGGUGAAAAUGAUAAACAACAAGGUUCUUUUGGAUUUCCAGGUUCACGGAAAAAUAACACUAGCACUCAAUCAAGGUUUUCAUUUGCAAGGGAGGAGCCUAGGAGCCAUGCCUCUGGUUCUGGACAAUCUGUUGAUUGCUUCACUCGAAAUUCUAACCAGCUCUCCUUUGGCCAUGAAUUCUCCAACAGCAAUAGCUUCCAGCUUGAGAAGUUAGAUAGUCUCAAUGGUUUCCCUGCUUUGAAUAGGCUAGAGUCCGAGCUUUUUGCUGACAAUCAUUCACAUACGUCUUCUAACAGUAACUCUGUUUCGAGACCUCAGGUAUUGGCACCGCCAGGGUUUUCAGUGCCUAGUAGGACACCGCCUCCAGGCUUUACUUCUCAAGAUAGAAUCGCUCAAAUUUUUGAUGGCUCUGGAAAUCAUUUAGAUGAUUCUUCCUCUUUGUUAAGACAUAGUUAUCAGACGCCUCCACUUAGUAAUACCAUUAGUAAUGGAGAUGUUGAAUUUAUAGAUCCUGUGAUACUGGCAGUUGGCAAAGGUCUACUUCCAGGUAGCAUUAAUAACUCAGGCCUGGAUGAUGUAAGGGCACGUUAUUCUUCCCAGUUGAGUACAAAUGAAGAAGCAAAAUUCCUACUUAUUUUGCAAAGAUCUUUUCCUUCACACCAGAACCAAAAAUUUUCCAGCAUGGAUGAAAAUUUAUCUCCUCUUGGUGAUGCUUAUUCUAUUUCCUCUAGGGUUCUGGAGAAAACACUAGCCAAUAAUAUGUCUCCGUUAUCCCAGUUUAGUUUCCCUCAGUCGAGGAAUGGUUUAAUAUCUAAUGGCCAAUGGGAUGGCUGGAACGAGCUUCAGGCUGGAAACAAUUUUGGCAUGUCAGAACUUCUUAGGAAUGAGAGGUUGGGAUAUAAUAAAUUCUAUGGUAGUUAUGAAGAUUCUAAGAUUCGAAUGCCGAGUUCGGGUAGUCUAUACAACGGAACUUACGGGUAUUGAUAUUUGGGCAUGGUUGGUGCUGUCAAGAAUCAUGAGAUAGGAAUAGUAGUAUUUCAUGCCACUUUGACAAACCUGCCUAAAUUGAUUGAACCAAUUGGCAGUCAAAUUACCGAACAACUUUGUAGUAUUUGCUUUAGAGAGUUGGCCAAGAUUUGGAAAUAUUACCAAGUAAGCCAAUGGGAGUGAGUUGUGCUUAGUCCGUCAGAGCUACUUUCUGGUUGGUAAAAGGAUGAGCCAUUCACAAACGUGGAUCUGGAAACCAACAGCCGGAGCAUUAGGCUUGGGGGUUUUGAUGGCUACACGAUAUUCGUCUCUCGGCUGCUGAUCCAAUCGGAGAGAAUUGGAUGAAUGAUAUCAGAUAAGCGAUGCCUUUAAUACUCUCAUCUGUUCCUGUUGAUAAUAGAAUAGGCAGAAGGAAGUUAGAUUUCAGUAAUUGCUUCAAACACUUAAAUUCUUUGCAGAAACAAGAGUUAUAAAAGAUACGAAUACAUCUUCAAAAUCCUGGUUGUGUAAACUCUUAUUAUUCGUUUUGGCAUUUAAUAUUAUCUCCUUUGGUGCAAAUUA